AUGGCCGUAAAUCGCAUUACCAAAGAAAAUCAAAAGUUGGUUUCAAUCUCAACCUACUUUGUCGCUCACAACACUACUAUGCUUCGUUUGAGCACUUUGAGGAGCCGUGCUCCGUUGCUGGGCACUGUACGUGCGUUGGCUACCUCAGCUGAUGCAGCAGCUACCCCAAACAGAGUCCAUGGUGGAUUGAAAGAUCAAGACAGAAUCUUCCAAAAUGUUUACGGAACCUAUGGUCACGACUUGAAGUCUGCGCAAAAGAUGGGAGACUGGUACAAAACCAAGGAGAUCUUGCAAAAAGGAGACAAGUGGAUCAUUGAUGAGGUGAAGAAGAGUGGUUUGAGAGGAAGAGGUGGUGCUGGAUUUCCGUCCGGUCUCAAGUGGUCAUUCAUGAAUCCUCCUGGAUGGGAAAAAAAUGUGGGACCUCGUUAUUUGGUGGUGAAUGCUGAUGAGGGAGAGCCUGGAACCUGUAAGGACCGUGAAAUCAUUCGUAAAGAUCCCCACAAGUUGGUGGAGGGAUGCUUGGUUACCGGUAGAGCCAUGAAUGCAACUGCUGCCUACAUUUAUAUCCGUGGAGAAUUCUACAACGAGGCCAACAUUUUGCAAGGAGCAAUCAACGAGGCAUACAAGGCGGGACUCUUGGGCAAAAACGCCUGUGGCUCAGGUUACGACUUUGACGUCUACAUCCAUAGAGGUAUGGGAGCCUACGUUUGUGGUGAAGAAACCGCGUUGAUCGAGUCUCUCGAGGGUAAAGCCGGCAAGCCCAGAUUGAAGCCUCCAUUCCCUGCUGCCGUGGGUUUGUUUGGUAGACCUUCGACCGUGACCAAUGUCGAGACGGUGGCCGUUGCACCCACCAUUUGUAGAAGAGGAGGUGAGUGGUUUGCGUCGUUUGGUCGUGAAAGAAACUCGGGAACCAAGUUGUUCUGUAUUUCUGGGCCACGUCAAUGA